AUGUUUUCUGUUCCAGAGGUUCACGCCACGGGGUUCAACUACCAAAACGAGGAUGAAAAGGUUACUCUCUCCUUUCCCAGUACCCUGCAGAAAGGGACAGGGACCCUAAAGAUAGACUUUGUAGGGGAGCUGAAUGACAAAAUGAAAGGUUUUUACCGGAGUAAAUACACCACCCCCACCGGAGACACCCGCUACGCUGCUGUCACUCAGUUCGAGGCUACUGAUGCUCGCAGAGCUUUCCCUUGCUGGGAUGAACCUGCUAUUAAGGCAACAUUUGAUAUUUCUUUGGUGGUUCCUAAAGACAGAGUAGCUUUGUCAAAUAUGAACGUGGUGGACAGGAAGCCCUACCCAGAUGACGAGAACCUGGUGGAGGUGAAGUUUGCCAGGACCCCCGUGAUGUCCACGUACCUGGUGGCCUUCGUGGUGGGCGAGUACGACUUCGUGGAGGCGCGAUCCCAGGACGGGGUCCUGGUCCGGGUCUACACCCCCGUGGGCAAAGCGGAGCAAGGAAAGUUUGCCUUGGAGGUUGCUGCUAAAACUCUGCCUUUUUAUAAGGACUACUUCAAUGUUCCUUACCCUCUUCCUAAAAUUGAUCUCAUAGCUAUUGCAGACUUUGCUGCUGGUGCCAUGGAGAACUGGGGCCUUGUUACUUAUAGGGAGACAGCUCUGCUCAUUGACCCCAAAAAUUCCUGUUCUUCAUCUCGCCAGUGGGUUGCCCUGGUUGUGGGACAUGAACUUGCUCAUCAGUGGUUUGGAAACCUUGUGACCAUGGAAUGGUGGACCCACCUGUGGCUGAAUGAGGGCUUUGCCUCGUGGAUUGAGUACCUGUGUGUGGAUCACUGCUUCCCAGAGUAUGACAUCUGGACCCAGUUUGUCUCUGCCGACUACACACGGGCCCAGGAGCUCGAUGCCUUAGACAACAGCCACCCCAUUGAGGUCAGUGUGGGCCACCCCUCCGAGGUGGAUGAAAUAUUUGAUGCCAUUUCCUACAGCAAGGGAGCCUCCGUGAUCCGGAUGCUGCACGACUACAUCGGGGAUGAGGAUUUCCGGAAAGGCAUGAAUUUGUACCUGACCAAGUUCCAGCAGAAAAACGCUGCCACAGAGGAUCUCUGGGAAAGCCUGGAAAAAGCCAGUGGCAAACCCAUUGCUGCUGUGAUGAACACGUGGACCAAACAAAUGGGAUUCCCACUCAUUUAUGUGGAAGCUGAGCAGCAAGAAGAUGACAGAGUGUUGAAGUUAGUGCAGAAGAAGUUCUGUGCCAGUGGACCAUAUACUGGGGAGGAUUUCCCCAUGUGGAUGGUGCCCAUAAGUAUUUGCACAAGUGAUGACCCCACCUGUGCCAAAAUGCAGAUCCUGAUGGACAAACCAGAGCUCACAGUGGUUUUGAAAGACACCAAACCAGAGCAGUGGGUGAAGCUCAACCUGGGCACGGUGGGGUUUUACCGCACCCAGUACAGCCCCGAAAUGCUGGAGAGUUUAAUCCCGGCCAUCAAAGACCUCUCCCUCCCCCCUGUGGACAGGCUGGGCCUGCAGAAUGAUCUCUUCUCUCUGGCCCGAGCUGGGAUCAUCAGCACUGUGGAGGUUCUCAAAGUCAUGGAAGCUUUUGUGAACGAGCCCAACUACACGGUGUGGAGUGACCUGAGCUGUAACCUGGGCAUCCUCUCCACCCUCCUGUCCCACACAGACUUCCACGAGGACAUCCAGGGAUUCGUCAGGGACGUCUUCUCCCCCAUCGGGGAGAGGCUGGGCUGGGACCCCAAACCUGGGGAGGGUGAGGAUCUUCUGCUCUGCAACCCUUUAUGGGGGUCUGGGGAACUCCUGGGGCCAUAA